UAAGGCAUCCCAGUCAAUGACACACACUGAAUGAACACGAUGGCUGACAGUGCCUGUAUCAGUAUGUCUAGAUGGCCUGUGAGAGGGAUCCUCUCCGUGCUGGGUGGAUUUCUCGUCCAUCUGACCCUCAGCACCGUCUAUGUUUUCGGAAAUAUGAACCCAUACGUGACGUCAUAUCUACGAGGGGGGGACGAGAACUCCACAGUGCGGUACACCCAGACAAUAUGGAUAUCAAUUGCUCAGUCCAUAUCUAUGGCAGGCUCCAUGCCUGUCCUGGGGUUGCUGGAACAACGGAUCCAUCCAAAAUACUGUGCCCUGAUUGGCUCGUGGAUUUUCAGCCUCGGCAUGGCCUUGACCUACUGGACGGUACGUCACUCUCUGGGACUGACGAUCCUGACGUAUGGCGUUAUUCACGGCGCAGGUAAAGGAAUGGCCUACCCAGCAGCCGUCAAGUGUGGCCUUGAGUGGUUCCCUAAAAGGAAGGGUCUGGUAACCGGUCUGAUCAUUGCGGGAAUUGGCGGAGGAACCUUUGUGUUCAAUGAGGUUAUCACACACUUCAUCAACCCCAACAACCUCCUGCCGGAAACCUCACAUCGUGGCGACUUAUAUUUUAGCCAGAGUGUACUACUCGAUAAGGUUCCUUACUGCUUCCUUCUACUGGGUGGUGUUGAUGCUGGUAUACAGCUCUUUGCCGUACUUCUCAUCAGCAAGCCAAAACCAGGAGCACCGGAGAACUCUGCUCUCACAGAAGACAUUAACCAGAGCUCUGCUCUCACAGAAGACAUUAACCAGAGCUCUGCUCUCACAGAAGACAUUAACCAGAGCUCUGCUCUCACAGAAGACGUUCACCAGAGCUCUGCUCUCACAGAAGACGUUCACCAGAACUCCACUCUCACAGAAGACGUUCACCAGAGCUCUGCUCUCGCAGAAGACGUUCACCAGAACUCCACUCUCACAGAAGACAUUCACCAGAACUCUCCUCUCAUAGAAGACAUCCAGAUGAACCAGGUUCUGCAAGGCUCAGAAAACAAGGAGAAUAAUGGAGAAAGUGAAGCGUUAGAAGUCAAACCAAGCUCAAAUGAUGAAAGGAAGACCGACUUUGCACCCUGGGAAGUUCUUCGAACCAAGAUAUUUUACCUCAUGUGGAUAAUCUUCCUCUGCGUCGUCCUUGGCAUCUUCUUUGUAACCAACUUUUAUAAGACAUUUUCUCAGACGUUCAUAAAGGACGACCACUUCCUGUCUCUGGCUGGGUCAAUCAGUUCAGUCUUAAAUGCUCUGGGUCGACCGUUCUGGGGUGCCGUGGGUGACAGGCUUGGAUAUAGGGAAACCCUCGUCAUAGUCUGCAUCAUACUGGGAAGUGCAUCGGCGACCUUCACCUUGUGCGAGUAUGGCGGCAAGGUGAUGCUGAUCAUCUGGAUGUGUCUGAUCUAUGGGACGUUCUCCGGCUUCUUCUGCAUCAUGCCUUCCCUCAACGUCUCCAUAUUUGGACACAAGUACUACAGCUCAAACUACGGCCUGUUAAUGUCGGCUAUGAUCGUCAUUCAAAUUGUCGGAGGUCUGCUGACAUCCCAGCUGAAGGACACCAUCGGGUGGAAAGGCAUCCUGUACAUAGGAGCAGGAGGGGUGAUAUUAAGUAUGUUUCUGUCGGCUGGGAUGAUGAUUCAUCACCGUCGACAACGGAAGAAGCACCGGAUGUGACCAAAACUACUUCCGGUUGAAAAUAGUUAAUCAGAUGUACGUCUGUUCAUGCCGUGACGUCACCAUUCAGCUGCCCGAUUGUACAAACACGUACAUACACGUGACAACUGUCUCAAUUGGACUCACGUAUGAUGUUUUCGGAACCGAUUCUGAAAGAAUUAACAAACAUCGAAAAGGUUUCUUUAUUACUCGCCUGUUGAAUAUAUCACUGUUUAAUAAAUCCACAACAUUGUGUAAUAACAUCGCGUGCUGCCGGAACUAUUUGCACUGGGUCACAUGACCAAAGUAACGUGAUCAAAACAAAAUGUCGGCUGUCAUUCACAACACAUCGCGAAUGAAGUCGCGAUAUUCAACUGUUCUUUGCUACCGUUGCGUUUAACAGCAUUUGUAUAAAACAAUAUUAUGUU